ACGUACGUACACGAGUUAAUUCCUCGGCGAAGACAAUUCCGUCUCUGAAAUCGCUCUGAAAAAUCACCGUAUUUCUUGCCUGUAAACGUGAAACAGUAUUAUAAAUCGGUUAUUUUGAGCUUGAUUGAAGUACUCAAACCUUAAAUAUGGAGAAUGAUGCUGAAUCUGUGAGGAAAAUAGGAAAUAUUCUAAAUGAUCAAAACCAGCAGCUCGCCGAACGAUUCCGUGCUCUUUUCACAUUGCGUAACAUUGGUGGAGGAGAGACUGCGAUCGAAUGCAUCGGGAAAUCUUUUUCUGAUCCGUCUUCAUUAUUGAAGCACGAAAGUGCAUAUUGUCUUGGACAGAUGCAGGAUCCAAGAGCGAUUCCUUUGCUUACAAGUGUGUUAGAAGAUGAUACGCAAGAGACAAUUGUCAGACAUGAAGCCGGUGAAGCUCUUGGUGCAAUAGGAAUACCCAGUUCUAUUGAGGUCUUGAAGAAGUAUGAACACCACCCUGUACAGGAGAUAUCAGAGACCUGUCAGCUUGCCCUCCAGCGCAUCGAGUGGCAGACGAGUCAGCGAAAGGCAGAAGAGGAAUCGCGGCUCAAACCCAACCCUUUCAACUCUGUAGACCCCGCACCUCCCGCAGUAGAGACCAGUGUAGCUGACCUGAAAGAGACCCUCCUGGACCACGGUCAAGCUCUGUUUGCAAGAUAUCGAGCCAUGUUUGCCUUGAGGAAUCUCAAUACAGAAGAGUCGGUUCUUGCUCUUGCUGAAGGACUCAAGUGCGAGGACAGCGCCCUCUUCCGUCAUGAGAUUGCGUAUGUUCUAGGACAGAUGCAGCACGAGGCCAGCAUCCCCCAGCUACAGGAACAGCUAGCCAAGGUGUCUGAAGACCCCAUGGUCAGGCACGAGUGUGCGGAAGCACUUGGCUCCAUUGCCGCGGAGAAGUGCUUGGAGACACUCCAGGGUUACGUGAAGGACGAAGCGAGGGUGGUCAGAGAGAGCUGCAUCAUCGCCCUGGACAUGUGCGAUCAUGAGAACAGUAACGAUUUCCAGUACGCCAACGCUCUCGGGAAGUUGAAGGGUGACGUCCAGGAAGAGCAGGUGGAGUCAUGAUGACAAGAGAAAUUAAAAAAAAACUUGAGAACAGUUUCUUGUUAUUUUCCUGCUUAUCCUCCAGCAUCUGAUGAAGUGAUCCUACAACAUAGAGACAUUUGUCGCUCAGACAUUCUCGUGAUAUAUUAAAGAAAAGAAAAUCAUCAUUCACUUCAGACUAGAGGAACAACUGGGAUUCCAUUUCUCCUAUUUCAGUUCAUGCUUAUUAAUACUACCAGUAACUUUGCCAAAGUUGACUCAUUUGAGACCACAGAAAUCUGUUUGACUUAUGGGAUUCAACUUAAAACAGGUAUAUCUGGGGGGUGUUUCAUAAAAAUUUAAGUAUGACUGUAGAGUCGCACUUAAAUGCCGACUUGCGUACGGUAUGAAAGGCUUGACCGCAUUGGUCAGAUUGUGUCAUGAGGACGCGCACUACUGUGUAUCUAUCAAUAAGAUCGCGCAUUGCAUAUCAUAUACAUAUCGGCAUUUAAGAGCGACAUAAGUCAUACUUAAAUCUUUGUGAAACACCCCCUGUUCUAAUAAAAUUGCUCUGACUUGAGCACAUUUGACUUAUAGGUCCAUCUAUGCAUUUUCACCUGUUUCAAGUCAAAUAGCAAUUUACAAGUAAAGUGUAACAAGGGCUUUUAUAGACUUUGGGGGUCAAAAUUGACAUGUACCUUUGACCGUGGUCAUUUUUUUAGGCAGCUUAUUGCAUGUAAAUUAUAUUUUUAUUUAUAAAUUCUUGUGGGAGUACUGUAUGGACAAGUAACUUCACAAACUAGUUAAUUAUUUAAAUGUACAAUGUAUGCUCUCAAAGACCAGUGAUCUAAGCACCUAAACGAAAGUCAGAGACUUGUCUUCGACACGGAAAUCUCGCAAGCAUCUGUCCUUCCUUGCAUUCAUAAUAGACAAAAGAAUCAGGAAUAUGGGGAAGGCACUCUGAAAGAUGCAUAAGCCUUUGAAUCUCAGUUUCAUGGCCUUGUGCAUCCCUCACAGAACUCCCGGCAUCCCCCAUUAUCUUGUCUAUUAUAGUAUUAAAUAGGACCUUAUUAGCAAUGGCAAGGCACUAUGGAUUCCUCUCUGAAAGACACUGCCCCCAAAUUUGAUAAGGUACCUUCGUUUACUACAAUUGUUAAUUUCCAUUAUAUAAUUUUUUUUUAAUCGGCAAUGGAGGGUAAUUAAUGAACCAUUGGUGGUUACAAGAAUUCUGUAGUUGGUAGCACUCAUGCAGAUAAGGUUGAUUGAAUUGCUCUUAGGCAGUGUUGGCAUGGUCUUGAAUAUCAUCAUGUAUGAGCGAAAUCAUGUGUCAUACCUCAAGAGGCUUUUUAAUAAAGGUGCAGCAAGCAAUUAGUUCCAUAAUUACAGUAAAUUAGAUGAAUUGUAACAAAGAUUCUGUGUAAAACAAAGUAAUUAAGAACCUAACCACAACAUGAUUUCUAUCAAAUGUAUGAAUAAAUCAUUCUUAUUCCAACUGAA